CUCCCUUAUACACACACACACCCACACCCACACACAUACACACAAUAACAAUAACACAAAAAAAAAUUUUUUUUUAAAUUCGUUUUCUUCCAAUCGAAUUUUGAGGCGGACGCAACUGUAGCUCCUGCUGCUCGGUCCAGCCAGAUGCCGUCAGUUCUCUAGUUCAGGCCUCGAGUUCCUGUCCUGGUGUAGAAUGCAGUUGGGCUACAAGCUGCGGCGGGCGCCGCAGCAGCGCUGCCAGAUUCGCAAUCUGAUGCGGACCAUACUCCAGCUGCUGCAGAGCUCGCAACGGCCCAUGAGCGACACGGAAAUCAUUUCGGCCCUGUCUGUGCGCUUCCGUCGCACCGAUCCCGAGUUCCAGCGCCAGGUGCGACUCAAUCUCCAGGAUGCGGCCAGCUAUGGCAUACUGAAGCGUCAGCUAAAUGUAUUCUCGUUGCGCUCCAAACGGCUGGCAGAGAUCAUGGACAACUUGGUACCAAGCAGCGGCAGGUAACUACGUUGACGAUGCCUCUGAAGUAAAAAAAACGUUCGCUAAUAAAACACGCAAACGCA